UCGGGGCGGUCCCUCUCUCCCGCAUUCCGGGCAUAGCAGCGCCGGGCCGGGAGCGGAGCGGCUGCGAAAUGCGCCGGUGCCUCAUCGUGGCUGGUUCCUGCUAAGGUCCCUGGGCACUCCCUUCUCCGGUGGAAUCGUGGCUUUGCCGACGGCGCUUGCAGACAUGAGGACGGCGGAGGACUCGAACGGGACUGUCCUGCACCGCCUGAUCCAGGAGCAGCUGCGCUACGGGAACCUCACGGAGAACCGCACGCUGCUGGCCAUCCAACAGCAAGCCCUGCGCGGCGGCGGUGUUGCCAGCAGCCCCCGCUCCUCCCUGGAGAGCCUGAGUACCGAGGAGAGCCAAAUGGUGCAGCAAUCCACGCGGCAGGAGCCCCAGGGCCAGGAGCACCAUUCCGACCACGUUUACUUGGAGAACAACGUCUAUCAGCUGUGCCAAACCAAGGGCGAGGAGCUCCCGACCUAUGAGGAGGCCAAGGCGCACUCCCAGCUGUUUGCCUCGCAGAGGAGCGGGCAGCAGCCCGGAGGGGGCAGCCCGGGCAUUCGGGGGGACACAGUUCCGCACAGGGCGGAAAGCGGCGCCCACCGCCCCGAUGAAGGGCUGAAGGACCUGAAGCACGGCCACGUGCGGUCGCUGAGCGAGCGGCUGAUGCGGAUGUCGCUGGAGAGGAAUGGAGCCAAAGCGCAGAGCCCCAUCAGCGCAUCCCACAGCUACCCCCAGCUCUCGCGCCAGCACCAGCUCGCUGCCCUGCGAGGGCAGAACCCCGAGGCGCCUGAGCCGCGCGGACCCCCCCCGGACUAUCCCUACGGCAUCCCAGCCCAGGACGCGUACCUGGCCGAGCCUCGACCCUGCUCCCGGGAAGGUCCGGGGUUUCCACAUCCCGAAAUCAGGGUGCUGCCCACCCACGUCCCCACCGCUUUCCUGCCGCCACCGGGCGCCCUGGGUGCCGCUGGCGUGGAGGCCCUGGUGAGCGCCCAGGCGGUCUCCGCUGGCAGCCGCCUGGCCCGGGCGGACAUGAUCCUGCGGGAGAAUGAGCGGCUCCAUCGGGAGAACGAGAAGCUGCGGUGGGAGCUGGAGAGCUGUGCUGAGAAGGCGAGCCGCAUCCAGAAGCUGGAGAGCGAGAUACAGCGCAUCUCGGAGGAUUAUGAAAACCUCGUCAAGGCGUCUUCCAAGCGGGAAGCCUUGGAAAAAGCCAUGAGGACCAAGAGAGAUGGGGAGAUGCGACGGCUCCAGGACUUCAACCGGGACCUGAAAGAGCGGUUGGAAUCAGCGAACAAGCAGCUGGCCAACAAGGCCCAGGAGCGGCAGGAGAGCAACCAGGGCAGCGUGGCCAAACUUCUGGCACAGAGCUAUGAGCACCAGCAGGAGAAGGAGAGGCUGGAGCGGGAGGUCUCGCUGCUGCGCAGCGCCCACGAGGAGCAGCGGCGACGGGCAGAGCUGCUGGAGCAGGCGCUGGGCAGUGCCCAGACGCGGGCGGCCAAGGCGGAGGCCGAGCUGCGGAAGAAGCGAGCCUACGUGGAGAAGGUGGAGCGGCUGCAGGCAGCCCUGGGCCAGCUCCAGGCCGCCUGCGAGAAGCGGGAGCAGCUGGAGCUGCGGCUUCGCACCCGCCUGGAGCAGGAGCUGAAGAUGCUGCGGGCUCAGCAGAGGCAGGCGGGUGCCGCGGGCGGGGGGGAGACGCCAGAGCUGAGCGCCCACACGCUCUCUGAGCAACUGAGGGAGAAGGAGGAGAAGAUCCUGGCCCUGGAGGCUGAUAUGACCAAGUGGGAGCAGAAGUACCUGGAGGAGUGCACCAUGCGUCAGUUCGCCAUGGAUGCUGCAGCUACAGCAGCCGCCCAGCGGGACACCACCCUCAUCAGCCAUUCCCCACGGCACUCCCCCAACAGCAGCUUCAACGAGGACCUCCUCCUGGCCAGCCAUAAGCACCAGGAGAUGGAGAACAGGUUAAAAGUCCUCCAUGCCCAAAUCCUGGAGAAGGAUGCCGUCAUCAAGGUCCUGCAGCAGCGCUCACGGAGGGACCCCAGCAAAGCCCUCCAGGGCUCUCUGCGGCCGGCCAAGUCCGUGCCCUCUGUCUUUGCAGCCUCCACGGCCCCGAGCUGGCCGGGGGCUGGCCAGGGCGACCGGCUGGCCGAGAGCAGCUCCCGCGGCAGCCCAGCAGGCAAAGCCACCGGCGAAGGGGCAGCAGCACCCACGGCCCUUCCCCUGCCCUCACACUCCAAGCACGGCAGCAAGGACGGCAGCACACAGACGGACGGAGCAGCUGAGAGCAGCGGCCAGGGCGAGGGCACCGAGACCUCGGCCACUGCCAGAGCCCCGGAACUGUCUGACAUGGUGGAGAUCCUGAUUUAAGGCCACGCAGGGGCUGCCCGACGGCACCUCUGCCCUCCCCUCCCUGCCUGCACCUGCCUGGGAUGGAGGAGCCUGCGGGAAGGAGGACGGAGCCUGGACCUCAGCAGCAUCUCCGAGAGCCACCGUCCCUGCCCGGUGCCCGCAUGGCUUCCCAGCUGCGCAGGGCGCGCUGGAGCCUGGGGACCCUGCAGCAGUGGCAGGAGCUCCCAGCCUCUCUGUAAAUACACACAGGAUUUGUAGGAUGGGAGCAAAUGUAUUUAUCAUUUCAGCCUCUUCUUCCUGAGGCGGGGUUUCUUCCCAUCCCCUCCCUCAUCAGCUCCAUCCUUAUUCCACCUCUGGGUCUCAGCCAUCCACCCAAGUGCUUGGCCUCCGACUGGAAAAUCCCUCUCUGUUCGCCAAAACUGUGGCCACCAGCUGAUGUCUCUGUGCAAGGUCAGAGCUGGAAGGAAUCCUCCGUGGGUGUCAUCUACCGUUUGGAUCCACAUGGACACGAUGAGCGCUGGGAGCCCCAAACCUUCAUCACCUGCGUCCAUCGCCUGCGUCCUGCCUUUGGAUUGUUAGCGUGGGCCGGCGAGGGGUUCGGGAUGGGACAGCAGCGAAGCAAAUCGCAAAUGUUAAUUGAGGGGAUGAAAGGUGGAGGAGAAAUCCCCCAGAAACCGGAGGUGAAGCGCUCGGAGCGAAGCCAGGGCGGCGGGUGGAGGCAGUGGGAUGCGCUGCCCCUUUCCUGGCUUCAUCCCCCACCACAUCCCAGCUGCUGGCAGCUGGCUCCUGCCCGUAGCCAGCACCGACGCCGCGCUCCUCUGAGCUCGGGCGCUUCCCCUCCUUGCACCUCGUGUCUAUACAUAUAUUUUUUCCCCUUUCUUUCUCCUUUAAACGCGUGCAUUUGCUGGACAACUGCAUUUUUUAUUUUUCUCUCCCAGACACGUAAAAAAUGCGUUCGGUUCUCGUGCAUUGUUUACAGAGUAGAAAACAAACAAACAAAACAAUUAUGAAAGAGGAAAAAAAGAAAACCAAACCCAUGACUUAAUAUAUUUUAUAUUAUUAUUGGUGUUUCUUGUUAAGUAUUUUUUUUUCGUGCUGUGAACUUAUUUUUUUUUCCUGCCAAAGACGGUGAGUUCUUGUUUGUGCGUUUUAAGUUAUCUGAAGUAUUUAAACGUAAACCUGGCUGUUGCGUUGUGCCGCCCUAUACCGAGGUUGCUGUCGCAUUCCACUUGGUAUAACAAUAUUUUAAUAAAAAAACCCAAAUAUGA